AAUUAUUGAAAUAUUAUAGGCGCAAUCAGAAUUAAAAGCUUCAGAAAAUAUAGAAUUAAUAGAAACACCACAAGGUUCGAUUGUUGUAACACUACACUCAGGAAACGUCCACGUGGGAGAUCUGUUAGAUGUUCUCAAAGCAAAUAAAUCGCCUUGGAGUUCAACUGUUAGAACUAACACAGAGCAAUCAAGGCUUUUUGGAGACAUGCUAAAGAACAUACACAAGACAAAUAGCGCCUGUAUCAAGUCUUUACUUUGCAAUGAGGAAGACCAAGAUUUCUCAAUAGAAAAACAUUUCGUGGAUGUGAAACUCAAAAAAUACGAUGAUUUUGAAGAAGGAACAGAAAAAUUUAUUCAAAUCAAAGAUAUUUUCGCUAAAAAGUGUGGGAAACAUCGAACGAUUCUGAUCACCGGAGAUCCAGGCUAUGGUAAAACGACAAUAUGUACAAAAAUUGCCUAUGAUUGGGCAAUAAAUCAAAAAGGAUCAGAUUUUAAUUUCGUACAUAUAAUUGAAUUACGUAAAUUGGGAAUGGAAGAUGUAACUAGUGCUGUCCUCGAAUACAUUUAUAAGUUUCAAAGCUUCGUGAAACUAACAAAAACUGAAUGGAAUAUUCUGUUAAUCUUAGAUGGGCUCGACGAAAUUCGUGACAAAGAACGUGUAAAACAAUUUAUCAUUCACGAUUCUUUUAAUAUUUCUGAGAAAAUGACAAUUAUUGUUACCAGCCGUCCAUCCGUUACACAUACAAUUAAGAUAUAUUUCGAUGAUCAUUAUUCCAUCGAAGGAUUUUCCCCAGAGCAAAAAGUAUACUUCGUAAACUCUAUGAUUAAUGAAGACAAAGAUAAAAGAGAUUAUUUGAUUAAUCUCAUAAAAACUGAUGCUUCGGAAUUAGCAAAAUGCCCACUAUUAUUGCAAAUGUUAUGCUGCCUUCCUAAGAGUAGUUUUGAUAGAAAGAUAAAAACAAAGACCGAUCUAUUUAUCUGUAUUUUUCACUAUAUUAUUGAAAGGUAUAAAAAUAAGAAAGGUGAUACUCUGAAACUUAAAAAAGGAAAAUUUUUUGAUGGAGAAGAUUUAAUCAUUAAAUUAGGCAGUUUAUGUUAUAGUAAAGAAUUUCAACAACACAAUCUGGCUUCUAUUUUAGAAACACAGAGAAUAUCAGAGGAAGAAUUGAAGAAUACUUUUAACAAUGAGGAAGAGUUCGAGUUUAUCCUUGGUCUUAAUAUAUUUGUAAAAUAUUCGGAGCAAUAUUUCGAAUUUAUUCAUAGAAUGUUUCUAGGAUUCGUCGUGGCUUUUUAUGUUUUUCAUUCCAUAGAUGACGUUGUCAUACCAGCUGUAGAUGACAUUUUAGUUUUCCUUGUCGGUGUGUUUCAAGACGAUCGUUUUCCAGAAAACUUGAUAAAUUUGGUCAGAAGGAACUUCUUCCAUCCUGUAACGUGGUGGAAUGUUUACAAUGAGAUUAGAAACGAAAAAAAUAAAGUAAUAUUUCGUGAAGAAACGAGAAUAGUGUUCUAUUACGAUUGUUCUUACGAAGUAUUGAAGUUACAUGAAGUUUAUAUGUUCGUCCCAAUUUACAUCUGCAUUCCCUUUUUGUCUGAUUUUCAUAAGUUGUCUGAAUAUAGUCCAGUCCAAUCACGUACGCUCGAAAAAUUUUAUUCUUCAGGAUAUAUUUUUUACAAUGUGAAAAAAGAACUGAUUAAAUUAUUUAAAAGUCUGAGAUUGAUCUACUAUCCUAAAGUAAGGUUACAUGUGCUAAUUGAAAAGGUGUUUCGCGACGACACUCCUCGCUUUGGCUAUAGAUUUAGAAAUUUAAACAAGUCCAUUGAAGCUUUAAGACAUGUAUUCCAGUUUAUUAAUUGGAAUAGCUUCAGACUUAAUUUAUAUGGAAUUGUUCGUCGUAUUAAUUCACAAUUUUCUAUUUUAUGCGAAGAAAAUAUUGAAAAAUUUAGUGAAGUUGAGGAAUGUGUUGCGGCAAAGGAGAAUGAAGCUUUUUAUCGGCAAACUUCACAACUAGAAAAAGAAAUCUUAGAAUUGGAGAUUGCGUUUGGUAUAGCAAUGAAAUUUUCAACAUUUGAAAGCUCAGAGAAUGAAGCAGAGAAGAGUGAAGAUUUUUCUCGGCAAAUUUCUCGACUCGGAAGAGAAAUGUUACAAAUGGAGAUUGCGUUUGAUAAUGAAAUAAAAUUUUCAACGUCUGAAUGGUCAUUUCAGAGCUUUGAACCAUGUAAGGCCAUUCAUUUAUCUUCUGGCAAGGGUAGAUUUCAACUCGGAAAAAAGUAUAAAUUUCUCGAAAGUUCGACAGUUAAAGUGAAAUUUGGAGACGAGAUGAUGAAUAAAUAUAAGACAAGUUUCGCAUAUGUCAAGUCUUUACUCUGCAAUAAGGAAGACCGAGAUUUCUCAAUAGAAAAAUAUUUCGUGGAUGUUAAACUCAAAAAAUACGAUGACUUUGAACAAGGAAGAGAAAAAUUUAUUCAAAUUAAAGAUAUUUUUGCUGAAAACCCUAUAGAGCAUCGAACAGUUCUGAUCACUGGAGAUCCAGGAUAUGGUAAAACGACCAUAUGUACAAAAAUUGCCUGUGAUUGGGCAAUGAAUGAAAGAACGGGUUACUUGAAUUAUUUCAAUAUUGUAGCUGUAAUUGAAUUAGGUAAAUUGGAAAUGGAAGAUGUAACUAGUGCUGUCCUCGAAUACAUUUAUAAGUUUCGAAGCUUCACGACACUAAGAAAACCAGAAUGGAACGUUCUGAUAAUCUUAGAUGGGCUCGACGAAAUUCGUGACAAAGAACGUGUAAUACAAUUUAUCAUUUACGAUUCUUUUAAUAUUUCUGAGAAAAUGACAAUUAUUGUUACCAGCCGUUCACCCUUUACACAUACAAUUAGGAUACAUUUUGAUGAUCAUUAUUGCAUCGAAGGAUUCUCCCCAGAGCAAAAAGUAAACUUCGUACAUUUUAUGAUUAAUGAAGACAAAGAUAAAAGAGAUUAUUUGAUUAAUCUCAUAAAAACUGAUGCUUCGGAAUUAGCAAAAUGCCCACUAUUAUUGCAAAUGUUAUGCUGCCUUCCUAAGAGUAGUUUUGAUAGAAAGAUAAAGACAAAGACCGAUCUGUUUAUCUGUAUUUUUCACUAUAUUAUUGAAAGGUAUAAAAAUAAGAAAGGUGAUACUCUGAAACUUAAAAAAGGAAAAUUUUUUGAUGGAGAAGAUUUAAUCAUUAAAUUAGGCAGUUUAUGUUAUAGUAAAGAAUUUCAGCAACAUAAUAUGGCUUCUAUGUUAGAAACACAGAGAAUAUCGGAGGAAGAUUUGAAGAAUACUUUUAACAAUAAGGAAGAGUACCAGUUUAUCCUUGGUCUGAAUAUAUUUGUAAAAUAUUCAGGGCAAUACUUCGAAUUUAUUCAUAGAAUGUUUCUAGAAUUCGUCGUGGCUUUUUAUGUUUUUCAUUCCAUAGAUGACGUUGCUAUUCCAGCGGUAGAUGACAUUUUAGUUUUCAUUGUCGGUUUGUUUCAAGACGACUGUUUUUCAGAAAACUUCAUUAAAUUUGUCAAAAGGAACUUCUUCCAUCCUGUAACGUGGUGGAAUGUUUACAAUGAGAUUAGAAACGAAGAAAAUAAACUAAUAUUUCCUGAAGAAACGAGUAUAGUUUUUUAUUACGAUUGUCUAGAUAAAGUACACAAAUUGUAUACUAUUUAUAAAAUUCGAAGUAUUUACUUUUGCAUUUUGGAUUCUUACUACGAAGUUAGUUUGAGAAAAUUGAAGAAAUUUCAUAGCAAUCUGAAUUAUUCGUAUCCUCUUAAAAUACGUGUGUUAGUUCAUAGAUUGGCAAAUUAUCCUGUCUCUGACUACUCUGUUGCGAACACAGAUAUAGUAGAAUCUGUACAACAUCUUGGAUAUUUAUUUAGGUACUAUAACUGGAGUAAAUUUAAAAUUUAUUUUUAUGGCAUUGUUUACAAUCGUAAUUUACAAUGUUCCUUUAUAUGCGAGAAAAAUAUAACUUCAUUUAGAAAAUUCGAUCCAGAAGUGGAAGAAGAGUUUUCUCUUAAAAAUGAGAGACCUGUUUAUUUACGUAUCCAUAGCGAAGCUACUGGAGUAAGUAAAGAUUUGAGAAUUGAAGAUCCGUUUGACUGUUUAAAACCAUACCUCAUGACAGAACAUCUUCAAGAAGAUAUCUUUGGUGGCAUGGUUUUAAAAUUUAUAAACCAAUGUAACUGGAGAUCGGAAAACUUCAGUAGUUCGAGUUUGGAAGGAGAUUCUCAUGUAAACCGAAUGGAAAACAGCAAGAGACUACAUUCCUAUAAGAAUAUGUUCUUGUUUAAUGUCAAUAAUGAGCCAAUUGAUGAAUAUUUUGUAAUGUUACAAAUCGAAGAAACUGAUUCCUUUGGAAAAAAUAAGGUUAAAAACGUCACAAUAGAAGAAAUGUUUACAAAGAAAAAUGGACAUCGAACAAUCCUUCUCACCGGAGAACCAGGUUACGGGAAAACUACCAUUUGCAAGAAAAUUGAUCAUGAUUGGAAAACAGAAGGGAAGAGAAAUAAUUAUUUAAAUUACUUCUCUUCUGUUGUCCUCUUUAAUUUAUGCGAUACUUCCAAAGAAAUUCAAUACGAAGGGAUUAAAGACGCCAUUUUACAUGACCCAGAAGUUAAAUCUUUAUCUAAUACUUUCGAAUUUAACCUCCUGCUGCUUCUUGAUGGCUUUGAUGAGUAUCCAAAUAAAUCUGCCAUAGUGAAAUUUCUCGAUACAGACUCGGUGGAAAUUUCUCAGCACAUGACCAUAUUAAUCACCAGUCGUUCACAUAAUGCCGAAGAAAUUCGCAAAUAUAUCGAUUCCAGAUAUUGCAUUCGUGGGUUUUCUCCGAAACAACAAGAGACUUACGUAAAGUUGCUUCUAGAGUACAAUGAUGUCGAGUACAGAAGUCUUAUACAACAAUUAAAAAUUCAUGAUUAUCUGCGUAAUUUAGCUGAAUGUCCAUUGAUGCUGCAUCUUAUUUGCUGCGCAUUUAAUAGCGAAAAUCUUCAGGUGCAAAAGAUGGCGAUGUUUUAUGUUAAAUUAUUUAAAAUGUUAAUAGAGAAAUGCUUACAAGAAAACGGUGAUUUAAUGAAUAAGGUUUCAAAAGAUGAAAUUUUUAUCGGUGAAAAUAUAUUAGUCAAAUUAGGGCAGUUACUCACAUCCUAUCCUUUAAAAUGCGAAACGUUGAAAGCCAAUUUCAGUGAAGAAGAAGUAGUUUUUAUUCAUAAACUUCAUAUUCUUUCCGUUUACUCGGUAUCAACAGAUGGUGACAUCACUUACGACUUGGUACACAGAACCUUAUACGAAUUUCUCGUUGCAUUGUAUAUUUAUACACGUGAGCAAUAUCAAUUCUAUUGUGGAUUCAUAUCAAACACAAUGCUGAUUUUUAUAUUAUCUUUCGUAAACAAAUCUCAGUUACCAUAUGGUUUGGAAAAUGUUUUCAAAUGUAGAACAUUCUACUGGAACUUCCUGAUGGAUGCUAAUAGAGAAUUAAGUGAGAAUAACUGGAAACAACUUUGCUCGAAUAUAAAUAUAAACUUUGAUCUAGAAUAUUCAGAAUGGAUUCUAAAAUUCUUAAAGGAAUGUAAAUUCACAAACUUCGUAAUAAAAUUACCAAAAGAACAGGAAAAGUAUAAAGCCAUAGAGGAAAAACUGCUGAAUUUUUACAGUUCCUGCACAUAUUCUACAAUACUGAUUUUCAUAUUUCUUGAUUUAAACUUUUAUGCAAGAAUAUUACAUUAUUAUGAUUUUCGUAAAGAAAUUCAGAAACUGAUUGACAUGAUGUUGGCAGGAAAGAUUUCAUUUAAACAGAUUUCUUUCUCUGGCAUUUAUUGCUACGAAACAGAAUCAUAUUACACGAUGAAAUAUAUCAUUAAAAACAAGAAAUUUCCUGAAAAUGUGAGAAGAGAAUUUAAAUUUGAGGAAAAUGAAAGUAUUGUUGGUUUGGUAAUUGAAAAUGUUAGCAACGAAACAUUUAUUCUCUUGAUUAAUUCACAACAAUAUGAAGUUAUUCGUAACAAGAUAUCAGAUAUUACCUUGUAUAAUCUCCAAUAAAUUUCUGGUGAUUAGAAAUAGAACUCACUUUUGUUUAACUAAAAAUCGAAAGUUUAAGAUUAUAAAUGUAAACAUUUAAAAUACUUACGGUCUAGAAAAUUUAGACGGCAGCAUUUUUCCUUUAUGGAAUCCGAGUUCGAACCCAAUAGAGUAAUUGAAUUUUUCAUGAUUUUUCUGUCAUGGAUAUGACAGGUGGCGUCUUUAAAUCACUGUAGUAGAGCAAUAAAGGAACUGUUGGUGCCAACAGAGCUGACGGAGCCAAAAAAGUAAACAAAGUAAAAAAUGGACUCAUAAAAAUAUAUAAACGUUAUGUUGUUCAUUAUAUUAUUUCGUUAAUCUAAACAAAAAGUUAUAUUUUGUUAAUUAAAAUCAAACCUGUAAACCUUAUUUAAAAAGUUAUAUAAUAAAAACAUCUUUAAUCCUUCACUAUAUAACUGGAUUACUGUAUAUUAGAUCUCUAUGUAAUACGUC